AGGUCAAAUAAAUAAAACUCUCCUUAUUAAUCAUUCUACUUGAAGGAGUCUAACAACUCAUUCCAAGAUCUUAAUACCCGACCAAUUAUUAUCCAUCUGCCAAUUUAUUUGCUGUCCAUAGAAAAGCGCCCAAACGCGUUGGCCUUCUUCAAUAAUUUGAUAGCUUGUGCUUCGGCGUAGAGGAGUACCAUAUUCACCGCCGGGAUUAGCCUCGACCUACUUCAACAGCCGCUGCCGCUGUACGAUCGACCGUGUAUGUCAAUCGUCAUUGUUGGCUCGUUUAACUUGUUUACCUACACUUGCGCAACAAGUCGACAACCGGGGUUAGCCCCUCACGAACCUUUGGGAUACAGAAUUUCGGCAGAUCAAAUAGAAACCAUUGGCAGUUCCCAUUAUCUUUUAUGAAAACCUGCCAACAUCGCACUAUCAAUUUACAGCCAAGGAAUUCAGGCUACGCCAGUAGGGUGCUAUUGGAGGUUUCCAUUUGCGUAUCAACGAAUCGUUGAACUUGAAUAUCCAUUUUUGUAUUUGAUGCCAUUCAGCGACAAACGGGGGUUAAGCCACUGCUAUCGAGUAAUUCACCGCAGUCUUUAGAGCCUCAUCAAGAACAGGAUCGGCACAUUCACAACGGCAAUCUUAAGUGACGCGACCUUUUUACUUUAAAAUUGGAAUUGUUGGUGGAUAAGAACAAGAGGUUUCGCAAACCGGCAAUAUCCAAAGAGUAUCAAAUAAUCGAGAUUUUGUGUCUUUUACAUCUUCCUAAGAGUAGUUGUCCAAGAUGAAGGGUUUCAGACAGAGGGUUCAUGAGCAGCUUUCGCGCUCAAAAGAUCCAAACAAAACAAAAUCUAAGAAGGGGGAAUCAUCAAAAGAUGGCACAUCCUCACCUUCGCAAUCCAAUUCACAGGGAGCGGGACAAUCGCCUGCAGUCACACCCUCAUCCUCGAGUACUACACUUAAUGACUUGCGGAAUAAACCACUGCCUCCUAACGACGGUACAUCCUCAAGUAGUGUAGUUGUGCAACCGCCGUUGAACCCAGCAGCUCUUGGUGCAAUGUCCGCUCCGGAUCGAUUCAAUACAGGAGGAGGUUCGCCCAGUCCUGGGACACCAAAUCGUCACGGGGCACUUCCUCCUAGUGUCGUUAUCAGUCCAAGUGCACCACACAUCCCUCCUCCAGGUGCCGCAGAAACAAUGCCGCAUGAUCUCGCUCCCCCCAAGGCUGGUGCGAAGUCAUCAAUGUUCGACCGGUUACAAACAACUCCAAAAGAUGUCCCAGAAGGCAUCAGAACACCAAAGCGACAACACUCUUCGAGAUUUGAUAUUUCUCCUCUCCGCGAAUUGGAAAAACUGCCAGGCUUCCACGAGGUACCUCCUAACCGCCGCCAAGAUCUCUUUAUGCAAAAGAUUGAUCAAUGCAAUGUCAUAUUUGAUUUCAACGAUGCAAGCGCGGAUAUGAAGUCCAAGGAAAUCAAAAGACUAGCUCUCCAUGAACUUCUUGAUUACGUUGCCAACAAUAGACAAGUCAUCACUGAGGCUAUGUAUCCAAAGGUCGUCGAGAUGUUCAGUAAAAAUCUUUUCCGUCCCAUACCACCGCCUAUGAACCCCCAAGGUGAAGCGUUCGACCCCGAGGAAGAUGAACCAGUUCUUGAAGUUGCUUGGCCGCAUAUCCAAGUUGUAUACGAAUUCUUCUUGAGAUUUAUUGAGAGUCAAGACUUUAACACCAAUAUUGCGAAGGCAUUCAUAGAUCACAGUUUUGUAUUACAGUUACUUGAACUCUUUGAUUCUGAAGAUCCCCGCGAGCGAGAUUUCUUAAAGACAACCCUUCACAGAAUAUAUGGAAAAUUUCUCAACCUCCGGUCAUACAUUAGAAGAUCUAUUAACAACGUAUUCUUUCAAUUCGUCUAUGAGACGGAACGUUUUAAUGGUAUUGCUGAGCUAUUGGAGAUUCUUGGGUCUAUCAUUAACGGUUUUGCUCUGCCAUUAAAGGAAGAGCACAAACUGUUUUUGACGAGAGUCUUAAUACCAUUACAUAAAGUCAAGAGUCUGAGCAUGUAUCAUCCUCAGCUUGCAUACUGCAUUGUUCAAUUCCUAGAAAAGGAUGCAGCUCUAACAGAAGAGGUUGUUUUGGGCUUGCUCCGCUAUUGGCCUAAGGUGAACAGCACGAAAGAAGUCAUGUUCUUAAACGAAGUGGAGGAUAUUUUCGAGGUAAUGGACCCAGCAGAAUUCGCUAAAGUUCAGGAGCCUCUUUUCCAUCAACUGGCAAAAUCAGUUGCGAGUCCACAUUUUCAAGUUGCAGAACGUGCGUUAUACUUCUGGAAUAACGAAUACUUUUGCAACCUGGUCAGCGAUAAUGUUGAGAUAAUCUUACCAAUUAUGUUCGCGCCAUUAUAUGAGAAUUCCAAAGGUCAUUGGAACAGAACGAUCCACGGCAUGGUUUACAACGCAAUGAAGCUAUUUAUGGAGAUCAACCCUCAACUUUUUGAUGAUUGCUCUCACGAUUACACUGAGCAUCAGAACAAUGCUGAAGCUAGAGAACAAGCCAGAGGAAACAAAUGGAAGGCUUUGGAGGAGCAAGCAGGAAGGUCGAAGACUAAUGGAGCCGCCUUACCUACAGGUCCAGCUUCUCCUUCAAGAACAAAAACAACCCCUUUACGAGCAGAUGAUGUGGAUCCGAUGACAGAGGACAAUCAGAAGAGGCUAGACUCCUUGAAACUUCAAGAUGGAGAUCGUCGAGAGCGAAGACCUAAUCACGAUCGACAAAACUCGUCUCGUUUGGUCUCGUCUGCUCAGAGUUCAUUCGUUGACGAAAUACAUUUUCAGAGCAAUUCCAUGUCGGGUCUCGAUUUCGGUUUCGACACGGAUGCUAAUCGUUCCGUGAGCGGGACCUCUACAACUGCGAUUGUCGGACUUGUUUCGUCAUCGACCUCGACAGUGCCAAAAAAGGAAUUGUAUGGUGAUCCAGAAACGAGCGAUCAUUCUUUUAUCGAUGACCAGGCUAGUCUUCUCUCUUGA